AUGGCUGUUCAAUUCUGUGAAGACUGUGGGCACUUGCUGCCAAUUACAGCUGCUGACAAGAUCCCCUGUACCCUGUGUGGAACAAUGGCCAGAAACGAACUCCUCACUUCAGUCCACGUCUCCUCCUCCGCAAACUUCCCCUCAAGACUCCGCACCAAGCUUCGUUCCCAGACCCAGGAGGUCAACCGCAAGGAUCUCGGCGACGGCCCGAUUACAGAAAUCGAAUGCCCCAAAUGCUCACAUCCCAAGGCUACUUGGACUGAGGCGCAAUUGCGAAGUGCUGAUGAAGGUAGUACUAUCUUCUACUGCUGUAUGGAGUGCAGACACAGAUGGACCGAGAACAACUGA